AUGAAUACCAAAAAUCAAUACGUCAAAGGAAAUAAAAAGACUCUUGGGUCACAGAGUUCAGAAGAGAAUACAUCAAAAAUUAUUUCUGGUGAAAAUGAGGAUCAUAGUUUGACUCCUUCAGCUUCUUUAAUAAGUUCAGAAAUAUCACAAGAUGAAAUUAGUAAGGAAUCACUGAAAGAAAAUAGCGAUGAUAUCGAAGAGCACGUUGAUUUGUCUGAAAAAAGUGGAUUGACACAAUCCGAAAUUAAGAAUACUGUGAUACAAGAGACUACAAAUACUGCUCAAGAAAAUGAUAAUACUGAAAAUGAUUUAAAUAUUUCUGAAGAUUUAGAGGUUCUAUCGGAAGCAGCUGAAACAUUAUCUAGUGAAAAAAGCUCUAGAAGCACAGAAACAAUUACUGAUUCAUCAAAUAAAAGUGGCAAUAAAAAAGAUGAAACGCAGAAAUCAAAUGCAGAAAUAAGUGCUCAAUCACUUGAUGAUAAAAAAAUAAAAAAAGAGAAUCUGGUGGAUGAUAUCACAGAAAAUAUCUUUCAGUGGCUUUACACAGAUACCGUUGAUACAAUCAAAACUCGUACUUUAAAUCAAAAAAUUAUAUCUAGUAGUGAAAAUUCAUCCACAGAAAUCGUAGAUAAAAGCAAAAAGAAGCCUUCAGACUUUAUUUCUGAAAAUCUGUCAGAAUACCUAAUUGAAGAUUCUGUCGAUUGUAUGUUGCAAAUUACCAGAGAAAAAAAGGACAUUAACAUAAGUGCAUCAGAAUCAAAAAAUGUGAAGAAAGAUGUUUCGGAUAUUACAGAGAAAGUGACUCGAAUUUUAGCCACUUUAAAUGACAGAAAAUCGGUUCAAUCAAAAUCUAGACCCCAAGAUCUAAUGAUUUUGUCUCCAUUAUUAGACAACUUAGAAGAUAAUAAUUGGGAAAUUACUACUGAUCUUGAAAUUGAAAAAGCUGAAAUGACUAGUUCUUUUGAACCCGUUCUUUUAAACCAGAAGUCUGAUUUCCUGGAAGAAUCGGAAUGGUUUGACGAUGAUUUUGGUUUUGAAAAUAAAGAAGCACAGUUGGCUCAGGAAGAAAUGCCUCCACACUAUCAGAACUAUUAUCGUCAGAUUCCUAACAAACCUCCUCCACCAUACAUUCCUCCGUCCGCUUUGCCGUUUUCUAAAUUCGAACCGAAGAAGAACGAGUCUUUCUCUGUAAUUGUUAAUGAUCCUAAAGAAAUACAAGAUAUGGUGACCGAAAUGGCUUUAACUCUGAAAGAUAACAUAAAUAUUUAUCAGUUUAAUGAAGAAAAUGCAGAAAACAGUGAUUUGGCAACAGAGAGUCAAGUGUUAUAUAAACAGUUUUUGUGUGAUCUCACUAGGGACAUGAUACUAAAUUUAAACAGUAAAGCCAACGAGAAACCUGCUCCGUGGACAAAAACGUGGAAGCUGACGCAAAAAUCAUUUCCUCGAGACGGCGAACAAUUUGUAAACACUGUAGUCGAAAAGACGCUCCAGUUACUAGGCAUAAAGAACAUUGCUACGGAAUCUAAGAAGAACGAAUCAGUUAUGAAACUGGGUCGAAAGAAACGCGACUUCGUGGACAAUAUAUUAAUAAAAGAACUGAGAGAAGAAGAGUGUUCCUGGGUAAAUUACGAACAGGACGAGAUAUUUAUCAAAACCGAACUUUCCGAUGCUAUUUUCGACAUUCUCGUCGACGAUACCGUCUCGUUAAUCGGAAAGCUUCAGCAGAGAGUGUAAAUUGCAGCGUAAGUGUAUAAAUUAUAAAUAAGAACAAUUUA